CCGGCGGUUGCGGGCGGAGGUGCUGUCAGCCACGUCACUCGGGGUGCGCCGGAGCCGCCGCACGUGCCGCCGCCCCGCACCGCCCGCCCGCGUGCCGCCGCCGCUAUGAGCUGCCCCGUGACUUGCGCCGGCUGGGUGCGCUGCGGCGUUGCCAAGGAAACGCCGGACAAGGUGCAGCUCGGCCAGGAGGAGCUGAACCGGCUCAUCGAGGAGGCCCAGGAGCGGCUGGGGGGUAACACUGAUGGUAGCGAUGAAGGCCAGGUGGCAGAUGACAUGAAUGUAGCCAGAGCUAAGUCUUCUCAUAAAAAUGAAGACCUGUCUGAUGAUGAACUGGAGGAAUAUGAUUUGGAAAAUUAUGAUGAAGAGGAAUGCACAGGUGAUAUAAAACUUGGAGACUCUUUGGCUACUCUGGCAGUAUAUGGCAGUAAUGAACUUGAUCCUUACAUUACUCUAAAAACUACAGAUCAAUAUGAACAGGAGGACUUUUUGAUUAAGCCCAGUGACAAUCUUGUCCUUUGUGGCAGAGCUGAUAAAGACUACUGUAGUUUGGAGGUCCAUGUUUAUAAUCAUGAAGAGAACUCAUUUUAUGUACAUCAUGAUAUUAUCUUGCCUGCUUACCCUCUAUGUCUGGAGUGGUUGAAUUUUGAUCCUAGUCCUGAUGAAUCGCAAGGAAAUUAUGUUGCAGUGGGUAACAUGACCCCAGUUAUUGACAUUUGGGACCUUGAUAUAGUAGAAUCCUUAGAACCAGUCUUUUCUCUUGGAGGCGAGAAAGAGAAAAAGAAGAAAAAGAAAGGAAAGAAAAGUUUAUCUUCAGAAGGGACAGUGAAAGGACAUACUGAUGCUGUGCUUGAUCUUUCGUGGAAUAAACAAAGCAGGAAUGUUUUAGCAAGUGCAUCUGCUGACAAUACUGUCAUUUUGUGGGAUAUGUCUAUGGGUAAGCCAGCAGCCAACCUGAUGCUACAUACAGACAAGGUGCAGACACUGCAAUUUCAUCCGUUUGAAACUCAGACCCUUAUUUCUGGAUCUUACGAUAAAUCAGCUGUGCUGUAUGAUUGCAGAAACCCACAAGAUAACCAUAGAGUGUGGCGAUUUAGUGGUCAGGUUGAAAGAGUAACCUGGAAUCAAUUUUCACCUUGUAAUUUCUUAGCAAGCACAGAGGAUGGCUUUGUGUACUGUCUGGAUGCUCGUUCUGAUAAGCCACUGUUUACACUGAAAGCUCACGAUGAAGAGGUGUCAGGGCUACAACUAAGCAGUCAGAUCAAAGGGUGCCUUGUGACAUCAUCUGCUGACAAAUACGUGAAAAUUUGGGAUAUCCUGGGAAACAGACCAAGUUUAAUCCAUUCCAGGGAUAUGAAAAUGGGUGUUCUCUUCUGUGCAGCUUGCUGCCCUGACUUUCCGUUUGUUUUUGCCUUUGGAGGAGAGCGAGAAGGGCUGCGCGUUUGGGACAUAAGCAAGAUUUCUGCAGUGAAUGAAGUUUUUGGAAACAGAGAGAGACUUGUCCUGGCUACUGCUAACUCUGCGGCUUGCGGUACCGUGGCCAGCAGUAGCAGCAAUGAUGUGGAGACAGCAAUGGAAUCAUGAUGGACCAAACAUCAGAAAAUCAAAGUAACAAAUGGGACUACGAAGAAUGUGUAUUCUACAGCUCCCCGUUUGGUGAGAGUCCAUAGAAAUUACUCUAUAGUGCAGGGGUCCUCAAACUACGGCCCCCCAGGGUCCUCAAUCCAGCCCCCGGUAUUUACAGAUCCACCCCCCACCCCACCCCGCCGGGGGCUGGGGGGGUGUGUGGAAACCAAGCAGCCGCAGAUGACUGCCUGCCACUGCAUCCAUGCGCCGGUCCCCUGGUUAAAAAGUUUGAGGACCCCUGCUAUAGUGUCUUGCAGUCUACAGGGUUCUUCAUCUCAGACAAAGAAACAUGGUGACGUGGUUAAGCUUUAAAUCUGCAGUUCUAAGCUUCUGCCUCUACUACCGGCUUUGAAAGAUUAAAUCAUUUGCCUUUGCCCAAGAUGAUGAUCCUUGAAAGAGGGGCUACUAUGUGUAAAGUUGAUCUAUACAAUGAAACGGUCACUAGAAAAGCAUUCUGCUGCUGCCAGGGGUUUGUUGGAUACUGCAAAGAAUGUAAAUACCUUCUGAGGGCGUAAGGAAAAAUAUUUCAUACAACAGCUGAGUAAUAAAUAAACAAAAGCAGAAUGAAAUGACAAGUGUAAAUAGAUAAUUUAUCAUUAAUUUGAGGCUAGAUUUACAGAUUUCUAAUAGAGAUUUUUAAAUUCCUUCUGUGUAACUUUUUAAAGUCUCAAGACUAUUUUUGGGGGAGUAAGUUGGAGUCGCUGAGUAGAAUCUUGAAAUGUAUUUGUAACACCUCAGUUCACCAAUAUCAAACUAGAAAUAGCCCAGCUCUUGUCCCAUGAAGAUCAAGGGUUUCUUUUCCCUGAUUUUACCGCACCUGAAGGUUAUUGAUGUUGCAUGUGUACCGGGGUUUUCUUCAAGCUCCAAAUAGAAGAGGUAUGAAGAGAAUAUGAACUGAAAUAAGGAGCUACUACUCAGAAGAGGAUCAGAGGCGGUCAGGACACAAAGAGGGUAGAGAUCUCAGUGGGUCACUGUCACUGGUGAAAGCUGUCAGUAUUACAUACUCAUGUUCUUACUCCUCCCAGGCAUUUCUGUUUGAAACCUGAAGGCACAGAGGAACAUUUUGAGUAUCAGCCUAACCACUGACUUAAGCACUUCAGUUAAAGCCCCAAGAACCUAAUGAAGGCAUGGGACUCGGGCAGUUUCCUUACAUUUAAAAUGAACACCCAGGUGCCUUACCCUGGGCCAAAGAUUAAAUGAUAAUCAUACCCUCCUGGGAAGUGCUUCCCUCUCUGUGUGGGGUGUCUGCUAAAGCGCUGCUGCUGCUGUGAAAGUGCCCUGGAUUUAAAGGAACUGGUAUCAAAGCAGCUGUAGUGUUGGUGCAUGUAGUUGACAGUAUCUUACUUCCUUACUUACGCUGCUUUCCACCCUCGUUCACCAGAACUCAUUCUGGUGUAAAAUUAAAGCAGAUAAAUUGUAUCAGUACAAACUGCACAUGGGGAAAAGGCAGGGCUGUAGGUUUCCUUAACCUGGAGGGAUGGGAAGUGGCUACUUCUGAAUCGGGCUCAGCUGUUUCUAGUCUGGUGACAGGCCUUCAGCAUGGCUCUGCAGGAACCAAGAGUAUUCUGGAUGUGGUGGGAUUCCUGCCUCAAUCCUUUCUCUUCCCAGCAGCAGUGAACAAUGUGUGGACAACAAAUGAACAACUAAUUUUGUGAAGUUUAAGAAGGUAAAAGCACCAGAAUCAACUCUGUUCAAGUGCUCUCCACUGACAAGUUUUUCAAAGCUCUUUCAUUUGAAAUAAAUGCUUUUGUGUUAA